UGACGGGAUCGGGCGAGGGGGAGGACGCCGGCGAGAUGAGCUCCGGCUCCACCUGCAGGGAGGUGGUGCUCCACGUGUACGACGUGACCAAAACCGGCUCCGAGAAGACCGACAACACGGUCCGCAUGAUCAACCGCUUCUUCAAGGACGGCAUCGGCGUCGGCGGGAUCUUCCACAGCGCCGUCCAGGUCUAUGGAGAAGAAGAGUGGUCAUUUGGGUUGUGCUAUCGUGGUACUGGAGUGUUCUGCUGCCCAGUCCGCCAAAAUCCCAUGUACACAUUCCGUGAGAGCAUUGUUCUGGGAGUAACAAGCUUCUCAAACUCGGAAGUAAACCAGAUCUUGAUCCAGUUAAGUCAUGAAUGGCCUGGAUGCUCGUAUGAUCUCCUGUCAAGGAACUGCAAUCACUUCACUAAUGCAUUCUGUCAAAAGCUUGGCGCUCGUAAAAUUCCAGGUUGGGUCAAUCGUUUUGCAAAUGCUGGUUAUACAGCUAAUGUUGUUGCUGAGACUACAGCACUGCAGUUCAGACAGGUUAAAUCAGAUAUUGCCAAUGCCAGCAGAGUAGCAUACGAAUUUCUGACAGGCUUGGGUCAAAAAGAACACGAUAGAGCAGAAUCCCGAGCUGUUAAUCAGAACAGAAGCAGCCCAAGGUUCCAGGGCAAUUGGUUCAGGAACAUCGUCUCAGCAGGCGCGAAGCCCUCUACAACAUGA